AAGAACCGAUGCGAACGUACCCUCACAGCAUGUGCAGCUCACUGACGGCACUGAGGAUGUGGGUGUUGUUGUUGUGCUACCUGCUGGCGGAGGCGAAGGCCUACCCGCUGCAGGCGUGGCCGGUGUAUCCGGCGCGGGAGUACCCCGACGACGACUACUACUAUGCCCCGAAAGUGCAGUACUACUACGACGCGCCGGCGGUCAGCGCGCCCGAGGUCUACGGCCAGGUCCCCCUCUACUACUACGAUCCGUACGGCCACUUCGCCAACGAGGCGCCCAAGAAGCAGGAGGAGAGGCUGGCGGCGCUCCCCAUCGGCCAGGAGACCUGGUUCGAGAGCGACCCGGCGCCGCGCUGGAGGACCAACAUGGACGACGUCAACGCCGCCUUCCUCGACAACCUCAUCCUGACGCAGAUGGCCCAGGACGCCCAGAGACGACGCGAAAACGCCCGAGCGGUCUUCGCUCCCGAUUAUGAGGAAAAAGCGACCGAGGACGAGGACGUCAGGGAGCUGAAGGCUCUGGCGGGGAAACCCUUCUACCACGUCCCCAAAACCGUGCCCAGGAUCGAGGACGAAGACUACGAGGAGGACGACGCCGACGUCGACCCCGACUCCGACGACAGCUUCAUCAACUGGAACAGCAAGAGGAGCGUCACCACGGUGGCCCCCACCACCGAGCGGCCCCGGGCCGGCCAGAAGGAGGUGGUGAUGCCCCGGCCGGCGCAGAACACCCACAAGCACCAGGCGAACCACAAGGACGAGGACUCGCCCUUCUACAGGACCCUGGAGAAGAUGCUCAAACAGAACCACGAAUCGAAAGGCCGAAGGAUCGACAAGCGCUUCGUGGCGAGCGACACCGACCUGGUCGUGGAACUCAGGGGCCUCAAGCACCGGAUCGCCACCUAAGCUCAACGCCAGAAAAUCGCCAACAACAUGAGACUGAGUAUUAAUUUAGAAUAGAGUAUUUAAAGCAACCGUUACCUGAUGAUCCACAACGGGCAAUUAAAAAAAAAAAAAAAAGAUAAGAUGAUAGGUUACAUUGGUGUACGAACGGACCGGUACUGUCAACUGUAUAAGCCCCAAUUCUGCGCGACCUAUCACGUCGGCUUCGGUGGUCCAUCGAGCGUCAAAGAUGCGCUUUCCUAUCUCUUUGCUCCUCCAUAGAUCACCUCGCUCCGUCGAGCGACUACUUCCUUUGUAUAUCAGAACUUCGGUCCUUUUUCGAUUCUUUACUAGUUUUGAUAUAUAGAUUGAUAUUUAUCGUAGCUAUACGGGUUUAAUGAUCGUACAAAAUGUGACUAUAACUGAACCGUCGGGUUGUUUGGAGAUUAUGUCCUUCGUUGGCAGCUGCACAAUGUGCAUUGUAAAUAUUAUUAUUGUAAGGCCGCUCUGUUAUGCCGCCUCUGGACCGUCGUCGAACCCGACGAUCGCCUAUUUGCCUGUAGUUGCCUAUCGUGGCCUGUAAUCGCCAGUGUUCCGAGACAUAUCGGUUUUUGAGCACACAACGAGGAUUUUCAGGCGAUGUCGUCAUCGUUAGCAUCGUCGACGGCGGUAAAGAGGGGCCUUAGAUAGCGAAUAUACUGUGUCAUACAUGUCGUUAUUGUAGCACUAUUUACGUUAAGGCAAACGGUGUUCUACAUAGAUUUCUAGUUUAGUUUUCUAUCUUUGAGAUGUUUAUAGUUAAAUUAGCUAUCGAGGACUCUAUUUCGGUUCGGUUUCCUAUGUUCAACGAAUUAUUCUUCGGUGCUACUUCAGUUCGGUCUAAGCAGACAAUACGGAGAAUGUUUUUGCGAAGCAAAAUAUAUAAAUAUAUAUAUAUACCUUAACUAUAAGAAUGAAAUGAUUCUCUCGGACGAGGAUUAGGUGAUAUUUUAGCUUUACAGCUUCUCGACUAAAGUUUUUACUAGCCCGGUCUAUGAGACCCGCGUUUUACGAAUACCUAGCGGUCGGUUAAGCUAUAGCUAUAAUUUAGGCCGUUUUUCUGAUUUCUAAAUCUCGUGCUGUUGUUUUUUGUAAAUUUUGUAAUGAGCCAUCGUGUAACUUAAUAUAAUUGGAGAACAUAUCUGUUUAUAGUGAAUUACUUUUCCACGUUAAGAUUAAAUGAAAUUCCAGUGACUAGAUAAUGUAAUAAAGAGUAAUAGCGCAUCGUCAAACAUAUUAGAGCAUAAUUUGGUUUGUAUUCUCGCCACGAGCUCAUGAUGUUAUUAAAUUCUCGUACUCUUCCUAAAUAUAAAUUUGUAUUAUAUUAUACGUGUACAUCGUUCUUUAUUUCUUUCGGCAAUCGUUUUCGAAAAAAGAUAUUUGCCGAGGGAGGUUAAGAAACGGUUUCACUGUAUUUUGUGGGUUGUGUGUAUGCACAGAGCCUCAAAUUGUAAAAAUGUAAACUUCGGCUCAAAAUAUCACUAGCGCAAGUCUAUAUUUUAUAAAAUAUAAUGUAUAAAUAUUAUAAUGUUUGUUUUUUUUUCUGACGUCAACGAGUCGACUGAGUCGACUCACUAGAUAACGAUGUUGUAUCCGUUUCAAAAGAAAGUAUAUAUAAAAGUCUUCAAGUA